AAAGAAAAAGAUAAGAGUGAAAAACGUGUUUGUGAGAGAGAGGUACUAUACUCUACCUGCGUGUAGCAAUAACAGUUGCUCCAACACAGACCGGAUUCCUCCCUAUCUCCGUCACGCUCCGCCGUCUCCAUCGCAUCCGUCGCCGUUCUUCCCAUCUGUGAUACCAAAUGGCUAACAGAGCUCAAGUUCCUACCAACAAUUCAUCGCUUAUUGCCAUGAUUGCUGACGAGGAUACCAUAGUUGGGUUUCUUUUGGCUGGAGUGGGAAACGUUGACAUACGUAGGAAGACAAAUUACCUUAUUGUGGAUUCAAAAACAACUGUCAAACAAAUCGAGGACGCAUUCAAAGAAUUCACAUCACGGGAUGAUAUCGCAAUUGUGCUGAUUAGCCAAUUUGUUGCAAAUAUGAUAAGGUUUUUGGUUGAUAGUUAUAACAAGCCUGUUCCUGCAAUUCUUGAAAUCCCUUCAAAAGACCACCCUUAUGAUCCUGCUCAUGAUUCUGUUCUUUCUCGGGUUAAGUAUCUCUUCAAUACUGAAUCAGUGGCAGGUGAUAGACGCUGAAUCGCCGUUUGUUGCAGCUUUUUGGGUGUUUAUUGUUUUCUUUGUACAUUAGGGUCCAAUAAUCUUCUCUUGAAAUUCAUGAGUAGAAGCUUGAAUAAUUUGUACUGUUUGAUUAUAAUUUAAAAAUCCUGUCAUAGAUAUUCAAGAUUGGCUAAUAUAUUGUCACCUCGGAUUAAAUAUUAGCAAAUAUGAACUUAUAUGAUUGCUCUCCGAUUAAUUUCAAGUUUCAA